AUGUUUUGUAACGCCAGUAUAGCAGCAACCAAUGACCAGCGACAAAAACUAGAGAAGCUAUUAAAACUUUGGGAAUCCAAAUCGAACUACUUGAAACCAGAAACUUUGGAGAUGAUGAGGAAUCCCUUACAAAGCUACCAGCAAUACCAGGCCAACCAAAUGGCCAAAUAUACCACGGAAGUAGCUGCCCUAGCCCAACAAACCAAAACCACCUUUGACACCUACCAAGCCCAGCACCAAGCCUUCGUGUGUCAUGCUAUGCAGCAAAUAAUGGACUUGCAACAACAAAAACAGAACUUGGAGCAACAGCAGCAAGUCGUGGUGCAGCCACAGCCACAGCAGAAUAACACUGUCCUCGCUUCCAAUUCCUCCUCUGUCAUUCCUCUAGAAACCAUACAAGCCAGCUUGCAGCAGACCAUACAGAAUCUCAGUCAGGGGGCCUCCGCCGCAAACAACACACAAUCCUUUUCCGUUCCGAACUCUAAUAACGAUAACUAUGCGCCUAUGAACAUUGGCUUGCCACCCCCAAACAUGAACCAGGCGCCUGUAGCUCAGCCUCAGCCACUUCUGAUGAACAACUUGAAUCAGCAAGUGAACAGUUUUCCAGAGAUAAAUCCAGUUUUUCCUGCUACUUCGGAUAUGAGCCUGCAGACGCCUCUGAUUGGUAACGGCUUGGAAAGCAUAUCUUUCUCCCAGCCCCCUCCGGGGUACUUUCCCCCUCCGGGGAUGUUCCCGGACUUUUCCAAGCCCCCGCCUGGGUUCCCGUCGAAGCCCGAGCCUUUUUUGGAGGAGCUGAUGCCCUCUGCUCCGUACUAUGAUCUGCCGGCCGGAUUGAUGGUUCCUCUAGUGAAGUUGGAGGAAACAUCAUAUAAACCGUUAGAUCCUAAAGAUAUUAGGUUGCCUCCACCAGCACCACCAAGUGAACGCCUUCUGGCAGCUGUCGAUGCUUUCUACUCUCUACCGAACCACGAUCGGCCAAGAGACAGCGAAGGGUGGGAAAAACUAGGUUUGUAUGAGUACUACAAGGCAAAGAACAUUGCGAAAAAAGAGAAGGAGGACCUCAUCGAGGCCGGGCUGAGACAGAGGUCGCGUAGCCCCUCGCCCAUCGAGCUGCCCGUGGAGAAGGAGCCGCCGCCGCCCAAGAGGCGGUACCGCAGCAAAUCGCCCGCCCCCGUGCAUGUGCCCCGGAUGGGCAGGCGGUCGAGGAGCCGGUCGAGGUCGAGAAGCAGGUCGAGGAGCCCGAGAAGGAGGCACCGGGGCGAGAGGGAUAGGGAGGCGAGGCGAGAGGGGAGGGAGAACAGGAGGAGGAGGAGCAGGACGAGGUCGAGGUCGCCGAAUUUCAAGAGGUCUAUUUCGCCGCCCAAUAGUUUCGUCUCACUCAGUCUGAUGCAGCACGCCGUCCAGGAGCUGGACCCCUCCAACAAGGGCCACCAGAUGCUGAAGAAGAUGGGGUGGGGAGGUAGCGGCGGCCUCGGCGCCAACGAGCAGGGCAUCGACGCGCCCAUCUCCGGGGGGGACGUGAGGGACCGCCAGGACCAGUUCAAGGGCGUCGGCUGCAACAUGAACGACCCCUACGAGAAUUUCAGGAAGAACAAGGGGGCGGCCUUUAUUACCAGGAUGAAGGCCAGGGCGGAGGAGCGGGCGGCGGACAAAUGAGAGAAAGAUGCAUGAUGACGAGAUGACAGAAGAUAUCCCCCAAAGAAGAGUCCCUUACCACUUAUCUGAAAGUACCAUUUCUUACUUGAAAUUUGCAUGUUUGUGACGAAGGCAAUGACAUAAUCAAUUUCAAAGUGGGAAAUUCGUCUGCCGUUAGAAAUCAAUGAAGUUUAGGCAGGCAUGCAAUUCUUCUUUAUCAAGCCAAGUUAACAUGAUAUAAUGAAUUGGGGGUUGAUAAUAAGCUUAAAAACAUCGAAAUACUAUGAAAACUGCAGCAUUUUUUUUGUAAAUUUAUAAGUUCCUAUGAUAUUUAUUAAUUGAUCUUAUAACUUGUAAAUAGUCAAUUGUUUUUCUAAAUGUUUCAUUGAUAAUUUAUCAAGUAAUUGCUAACGGUGUUCGGGUGUUAUUUGAUGACAUUAUUUUAUGUUUUCGGGACGUAAUACGCUAUUUAAAUCAUCAGGGAUAACCUUGUCACUUGAUUUGGAAGAAUUGAGCUUCAGAAUAUGAAACUUCGGCGAUUUUUAUUGACGGACGAUUUUUCCUAAGAUUCAAUUUCAGAUUUUUCCUCCAAACAUUUUAAAAUUAUUUUCUGAUUUGUCAUUGUUUCAAGACUGAAAUCAACAUUCGCAAGUUUCUAAUCAGUAAUUUUUGUUUCUAGGAAGAGAUAUUGAUUAACCUGGAUACUUUUGUGUAUUAUUUUUUGAAAUAUAAGAAAUAGUUGCUCUUCUUUUCAGAUAGUGCUUUCGAAUACAUCAUUUUAUUGAAAUUUUGUAUUUCGUUCCGUAAUUUACAGCAUCAGUGAAGUAAUUUUGAAUUGUACAUAUUGAGAUAUAUGUAGUCUUUGUAAAAUAAAUAUGUUAAGACAU